UACAGUCGACUUGUCUCAGGGGCAAUGAAUGGAUGAGGGGUACCCUUUGAGGGCUCAAAGGAAGAGAAACGUUGAUUAGCAUUAUUGUGUGAGGCCUCAGUUCUGUUGUCAGAUGCUAGUUAGUGUGUGAACUCCUGCUGAGCCAGCUCCUUUUUUAGGAUUUGCCCCAUUGGCUGUUACUCACUGGGUUUAGGUUGUCUUCAGUUCUCCUUUUCUAAAUCUAAAUAAUUCCUUUUCUUGUCUGGUGUCUUGUGUUUGAUGCGUCUGGCCAAUUUAUGGCUAUUUAGGUUAUAAAUUCUUGGGCCUGUUAUUUCAUUGUAAGUGUGUACCAGCACAAUGAUGGCUGAUUGGGGUGCAAGGAAUAAUAAUAAUACAUUGAUCAAAGUCAGUCACCUUAGAAAGAUAAUUUAAUCUCUUAAUGUUUAUAGGAAAGACCAUCUCUGAUACACAUGCAGCUGUUUAUUAAACACACUUAAAUGCUUUGCAUUAAUUUGGACCAUUGAGGUGUGCUCUGGGCUAGUGUCCAUAGACGCCUGCUGGCAUGGGGCUCUACCCAAACUCAUGAUUUAUGUGCAUGGCCAUUUAUAUAAGAGAACCCAUUCAGACUUUCCUGUCAGAUAUGGGAAGUGCCUCUCCCAGCCAAGACCAUUUUAGCACCACUCCUUUGACCAGCUUGGCCAUGGGAAGUGAGUCCCAGCUGAGACUAGGACAGUGUGGCUCUUACUCACUCAGCCAGAGGGGAAGCGACUCCCAGCCCAGCUUAGCUCAGCCUGGGUCCUAUUGAUUUGCUUUUGGGGCAGGCAGCUUUUGGUUCAUGCUAUAAAACUGCUAUCUGAACUACUUGAGGCCCAGUUUGAGUCUCAGCUGGGGUAAUAGGCACUGACUAUACACAUGGCACAUCCAAUCCUGUAUGAGGGAGAUUGGCUAAUGUCCCUCUAGCAUCUGACCCCAUUUGGCCAUAUUUUAAAAUAUUGCCCUUUUGGUUCCAAUUCCAAUAAUUCUGUUAGAAAUAUCCUAGAGCCUGGCACUGGGUGAUUAGCAAGUGGUCCAAAAGGCCAACUUCCUGCAUGCUAAACUCCCAUAAAUCCCUGAGAUUCUGUGGCCCAGAUUCUUCCCAGUAGUAACCCUUCAAUGUGUAUGGAUUGACAGCAGAGAUGAAUUUGUAUCUGAGGCAGGACAAAGUCCCAGUUGCUUCUGGGCAGCCCUUAUCAUGGCGGCAUCUAGGGCAGGGGUUCUCAGACUGGGGGUUAAAAAGUGUUUUUAAUUUAUAAGGGGAGUUGCACACAGAGGCUUGCUAUGUGAAAAGGGUCUCUAGUACAAAAGUUUGAGAACCACUGAUCUAGGGGGACAGCAGGACAGCUCCAUGGGAGGAUGUACCUGCAGUUCUGGGAUUGUUGGGAGCUCAUUUCAUUGCAGUGAGUGCAAAUGUGUGCAAUUCACAGGUGACUGCUUCUGGGCCUUAAUUGGACAUCUUGUAAGGAACAGUCGGAGAAUAAAGAUCCUUAUCUCCUGUUCCUCCUUAUCUCUUGGAGCCUCUUGCUUUAGGAAGGGACCAAAGCAGCAAUGCACCUGAGUCUGAUAUUAUGUCUCUUCCUUUACAGGGGAAAAUGGCAGCCACUGGCCAGUCGUUAAUCCCAGCCCCGCUCACAGGGAUUCCCUUCCUAAAGGCCUCACAUUUUCAGAUAGGGUUUGACCACAGACCACAGGGAAACGUUGUUGAAUCUCCUUUCCGCACUGAUUUCCCUCCUUUAUGGGGCAGUUACAAACCAGACCCAAUUCUGCUUCCAAACUCCAAGGAUGUUUUGAAUCAGGAUAUGGAUAAAGCCAAGGAAACCUGGUCAGAAACCCACCUGGCAUUUCCAGUGAGAUCCCUGGAACCAAAGCCCAAAGUCUGUCCACCAGAAUCUCACCUCCGAAUGCAUGCAGAUUCCCAGACCAAAAUUUUCACCUCAGCUGCAAGGGAGAGCUACCCCUGGCCAGACGUGAUUCUGCAGAGACCAGCCUCCACCAGAGCUGAUUACAGUAAGGAGGAAGAUCAUUUUCCUUGUGGAGACAAAGACAAACUAAAGUUCCUGCCUUCUGUCUAUCAUUUUUCAUACCCAGCAUAUGAGAUACUCGAGCCCAUUGCCAAAGCGCCAUGUGUACAUCUGGGAGGAAUUCCCACAAUUAAAGGUGAUAGAUGCUCCUACUUUGGCACGUCUUAUCAAGCACAGUUUGAGGGUGGCUGGAUCCCUCCUGUGAAGACCUGUGGAAAGAGCAAGUCUUCCAUUGUGUUUGGAGACCCCAGGAGCAGUGUCAGCACCAGCGAGGAGAAACAUGCCUACACUCUCCAGGACACGAGGAACCGCAGAGUCUAUAACAAAGAAUGUGCUGCCUUCCAAAUACACAAGACAAACAUCACGCCAGGGGAUGGUUGCACCAGAUUCUUUACUGUGACAUUGGAGUCGUUCCCACAGCGGGAGCUAGCGCCCAUGAAAGUUACGUGUCUAAGCAAACAGACUUCAUCGAUCCCCAAAGGCGACGAAAACCUUGAGAGGGGUCGGGAGCGUGCGACCACCACCACUAGCCGAUUCUUCCACACCCAGCUUGACCUGGGGGAACAUCCACCUCAGCCAGAUGUGCCACCGUGGAGACAACAAAGCAAAGUGCCCCUGGGUGACAAACAUUUAAACGCCUGUUUCUUCAGCACGACGCAACACUCGGACUAUCAGCCACCACCCGAAAGCCAGAGGGAGACGUCCAGCAGCAAGAGCCACCAUGAGAGCCACAUGCCCUUUAAUUAUCCCACAGGUAAAGGAACUGUCACGACCACGCAAGCUAUGCUCGUCCCACACAGACAGCAGACGCUCCGGCCCUCAGAAGAGUCACUGCAGCAGAUUAAAUACUCUCACCUGGUCCCGCCAUGGCAGGGCCAGCGCUUCUUCGGGACUGAGCAUCAGGAUGAGUUCACCCCCAAGUACAGCGGCCCUGUGACUAUCUGCGGGGGGAACUUCCAAGUGAGCAGCAUCCCCCUGGGCACCCUGAAGAAGUACAACCCCCAGCGGCGGAUGGUCUUUGCAACAUAACGUGCCCCCUUCCUGUGGUGGCUCUCAAUGCCACCCGUUAGGGGCUGCCAGCAAAUAAACACCGGUACCUGG